UUUCACUCUGUAUCUCACCAUAAAAACAUCAACAACAAAAAUUGAUUCAAUUAGUGAUCUUACUUACUUAUUUCUUAUUUGGUUUAAUUUCGAGUCCUAUCAAUAUGAGUCGUAGUGCAGCAGUGAAAAUGUCCGGCUUGCUUAUGAGGCAAUUACGGGGCGAAUUUCAUUCGCCCCGUGGAAGCAUAGUACAAGUUCGUUAUUAUAGCAAUAUGUCUUUUGGUACAACAAAAGAUGAGCAAAAGCCACAGCAACCACCGCACAUGGAGGCUGAUGAGGCAGGUGAUAAUCGCGAUAAGGCUAAGGCCAAGGCCAUAGUUAGCUAUUGGGGUGUGGAUCCUCCCAAAAUCUCCAAGCAAGAUGGUACACCAUGGAGGUGGAACUGCUUUAGGCCAUGGGAGACAUACUCAGCUGAUAUUUCGAUUGAUGUGAAGAAGCACCAUAUGCCUGCCAAUUUCAUGGACAAAUUUGCUUAUUGGACUGUCCAGGCUCUAAAGUUCCCCACAUACAUGUUCUUCCAGAGAAGGCAUAUGUGCCAUGCCAUGUUACUAGAAACGGUUGCAGCCGUGCCAGGUAUGGUAGGCGGUAUGCUCCUCCACUGCAAAUCCCUCCGACGAUUCGAGCACAGUGGAGGGUGGAUCAAAGCCCUCCUCGAAGAAGCUGAGAACGAAAGGAUGCAUCUCAUGACAUUCAUCGAGUUAUCAAACCCUAAAUGGUACGAACGUGCAUUAGUGUUUGCAGUCCAAGGUGUAUUCUUCAAUGCCUAUUUCUUGGCAUAUUUGGUGUCACCAAAAUUGGCUCAUAGGAUUGUUGGCUACUUAGAGGAAGAAGCAGUGAAUUCGUAUACUGAGUUUUUGGUUAAUAUUGAGAAGGGUGUUUUUGAGAACUUGCCUGCUCCUGCUAUUGCUAUUGAUUAUUGGCGUUUGCCAGCUAAUUCAACGCUUAAAGAUGUUGUCACUGUUAUUAGGGCUGAUGAGGCACAUCAUCGUGACCUAAAUCACUUUGCUUCGGAUAUACAGUGUCAAGGGCAUGAAUUGAAGGAUUACCCUGCUCCAAUUGGAUAUCAUUGAAGUGAAAAAAAUAUCUCAAAAGAUUUGUCUAUCCAUAUCUAGUUAGUGUUGAAUUUUUCCAUUAGUAUGUUAUAUAUCUUUGUAUUAAUGAACCUUGAGCUUUUUUGUGUCCUUUGUACAAAUAUCACUAUUUCUUGAGAUUUGUUAUAGGUAUGAUGCUA